CUCUGUUUUCUUCUUUCAGAUGCAGAAACUGAAAAUGAGGAGACAAAGCAAAUCGCGAAAAACCGAAAACAUCGGUAAAGGAAAGGUUACUCCGGUGCAGAUUGCGUUCAUCGUCGAUCGAUACCUCUCCGACAACAGUUUCACUGAAGCUCGAACAACUUUUCGAUCCGAAGCUUCGCAUCUUCUCGCUAAGUCUCCUGUUAAUGAGGCGCCAAGGAGUUUAUUGAGUUUAGGAGAUAUGUUGGAUGAGUACAUAAGUUUGAAAGAGCAGAAAGUGUUUAUGGAUCAAGAGAAGUGUAGAUUGGAUCAUGAAAAAACACGGGUUCAGAACUUACUAAAUGGGAUGCAACAUGUUAUGAAUGCUUACAAUGCUAGCACGAAUCUGACCCUGCCUUCCUCAAUUGGUGCUUCUUCUUCAAUACCCAAAACAGGUGCUUUGCCAAGUAUUGUUAACGGGUCUUCCCCGGUAACCUCAGGUUAUUAUUCUGCAUACACAAGCGGAGCUCUGAUGUCAGCAUCAAUGCCUUCAAACACUGUUCUAGAUACCAUGAAAUUUUCUAGUCCAAAUUCUAUUCCAUCAACCUCAAAAAGAAAAGGCUUCAAAGAUGUUUCUGCAGCUCCCAUAACUGCCAAGAGAUCUCGUAAACACUUGAUCACUAACCAGUUGCCACUUAAAGAUCCUAGUACAGAUUCACAACCAAUCAGCUGUGUCAAACAAAACAACAUUGUGAAUAAUUCUGCAGUUCAAUUAUCAGAUCCUGCUACUGCAUCUAAUAAGACACAUGUUCAAGGAUCUAAUGUUGCCAAGUCUUUGUUCAGCCAGCACAUUCAGUCCCCUCCAACUAAUUCUUCUGGCCCUAAAACACCGCCAAGAGCAUCUUCAUCCCAAACUGACAAAUCUAUCUCUCCAGUGGAAGUUUGUUCAACUGCUACUUCCAGCAAAAAUAUUACACCGUCUCUUGUAACAGCCACGAAUCGCACAAUCAUCUCGUCAGAAACAAUUCGAGUGAGCCCUUCCAAACAAAUAUUUUACUCCAUAGAAACAAAUCAUUGCAUUUCAACAACUUCACCAGUAAAGACCAACAUGAAGAGGUCUAUUAGGCGAGAUCAAGUGAAAAGUAGGCUGGAUUUUGGUGCCUCAGAUAACAUCCCAUGUAAUUCAGAAAUGGCAGUUGGCCCAGACAUGACUUCGACGUCUGAAUCUGAGAAAGAAGGCGAUAUUUUUGACAUAGAUUUGCCUAGUUUAGAUGCUUUAGGGGUGGGUUUUAAUCUUUCUGAACUACUAUAUGAUUUUGACCUUGAUGGAGAGGGGAUUGAUCAUUCUUGCCAGCCAACAUUUCAUUCUUCCCCAGAUUCUUUUUCAGGGUCACCUGAUGAAUCAGGAAAUGUCGAUACUGAUGCAAACCAGAUGACUUCUCAUAUUUCUUCGACAGUUACUGAAGUCUUUUCAGAGCAAGGUAUGAAUUUACUAGUUUCAGAUUCUCUGACCACUACAAAAUCAGUUACCAAAUGCAUCCAAAUUGUAAGCCCAGUUAAAAAUAUCAGAAGCUUGAAGGAUUAGAAGAGCUUUGUGCAAGAAAUUGAUGAAUACUUACACAGAUGACUA